AUGGCCUCCUCUGAUCAGGAAGUAGCCAUAACGGCAUUGUUGAGCUGCCCUGUUUGUCUUACGACAGUUAGACCGCCAGUUUCUCAAUGUACGAAUGGGCACAUGAUAUGCUCCCAAUGCCGACCGAGAAUCUCGACAUGUCCCACCUGCCGGGAGACUCUAGGCCAAAUACUGAGCCUAUUGGCAGAACAACUUGCCUCGUCAUUGCGAUUUCCUUGCACCAAUUCAGCUUUUGGAUGUUCUGAAUUAUUGAAUGAAUUGGAUCGAGAGGGUCACGAGAGCCUCUGUCCUCAUCAACCGCUAUCUUGUCCUUUAUCCCAUCUUGAUUGUGUCUGGGAAGGAACUCGUCCUAAUUUGUUAUCUCAUAUAAGUCAAGCCAACCCACAGGUGCCCCACUUACAACAGUCCUUCUUAAACUUUUUAGGAGUCCAUGCUGACGAUACAUUACCCAAAAGUUGGGCAGUUGUUUUAGAAUGUCAUCUCCAACAGUUCCUGAUACUGGUAACAAAACAACAACCCGACAAUCCAACGUUUCUCAUAAAUGUAUAUCUCCUAUCCGAUCAGCAUCACUCCUCAUCCCCCUUCACUUAUUUUAUUGCAUUUAAAAGAGGUCCUAAUACACUCGAUUGGAAAUCCUCUCACAUCCCCUUGUGGGGAUUCCCUAAUUCACAACCUUUCGUGCCUUUAACAUUACCAGCCAAUAUAGUAUAUUCCUUUUGCGCCCAUGACAAUUUUAAAUUUUUUUGUAAGAUAUCAACCCAUUAA